AUGUCUACCAACAACAACGAAGAUACCCUCAACCAGACCCCAGCACCACCACCACCACCACCACCACCACCACCACCACCACCACCUCAAGCCUACGACACCACCCAACACGCCGCCAACGCAGAGCAGUGCAAGCUGCUCGAAACCCUCCACAGCCGCCUAAGCCACAACCUGACCUCGAUCCCCCUCACAGAAAUCGCAACCCAGGUCCCCGCCAACAUCAGCCUUCUCCACCACAUCUUCACCCAAAUAGACACAAACAAGGCCCUCGAAACCUUCAGCGCCCCCUUCAGCGGGAAACUUUUCCACUACGCACAACAGGCCCUCACGCUCCUGUUCCGUAGCCUACGGGCGCGACUCGGCGUCUGCCUCAAGAACAGAGGCUCCUCGCCUCCGCCUGCGCGGUUGAGGAAGCCGGAGGAUGAGGGCGAUGCCAAGGGGAUGCGGAGGUGGGUGGUUGUGGAGCAGCUCCACUGCGCGUUCACGGUGGCCGAGGAGGGCAAGAAGAAUCUGAAGGCGGCGGAGCUGGCGCUGCAGCAUUGUUUUGUGGGCAAUGCGAUUGUGACAGUCGCAGGGGAGCAAUAUGCGCUGCCGGCGAUUGGGGAGGGCGACGAGGAGUGGAAGAAUGAAGUGGUGGGCUUCGUGGAGUGUACACUCUGUUCGCUGGCGGUGUAUCUGUCGCAUCGGUUCUCGAAACGUCCUGUGAACCUGGGGGGCGUGGAGAUUGGGUGCCGUUGCGCGGUGUGUAAUGGCUGA